ACAAUCUCCGUCUCAAUCUCGCCUCUCGGUUGCCCUGGGUGGGUAGGUGCCAAAAUCCGUAGCCAUGUCGGCCUCCUUAAUCCAAACUUCUCCUCUUUCGUUAAACAAUAAAGCGAACUCAGAGGAGCCAUGGAAGGAACAGAUGAAGCUUAGAGUUUGUAAUUGGGGUUUGCAAUUUAAACCGCUGGGAAGAGGUAAAAGACGAAAUAGAGGGUUGGAAUGGAGUGGUGGCAGAAAGCUUCCUUCUUUGAUAUGCUACUCCGCCGCUAACGCAAAGUGUAGUGAAGGACAAACUCAGACCAUUACUCGCGAGUCACCAACCAUAACCCAGGCUCCUGUUCACUCAAAGGAGAAAUCACCGGAUCUGGAUGAUGGAGGGACAGGCUUCCCGCCGAGAGAUGACGGAGACGGAGGAGGUGGUGGAGGCGGCGGUGGAGGCAACUGGUCGGGAGGGUUCUUCUUCUUUGGCUUUCUAGCUUUCCUGGGGUUCUUGAAGGAUAAAGAAGGCGAGGAAGAUUACCGAGGCAGCCGUAGGUGAUGAGGCCAAUCCUAGUCUCAAGCGAGCUCAAUUGGAUGUAAUAUUGUUGUCUUUUCCAAGUGACAUGUUUGCUCUUUUGAUGUGUUUCACGAUAAUAUUGGAGUGGGGAGGCCUGAAGUUUGUAUCUAGGUAGGAUCGAGAAAAUACAAGCGAGAACAGAUUAUUCGGCCUAUGCCCAUUCUCUUAUCGACUAGAAGAAUGGCCAGAUCUGUGGAACAAAUUUUAAUUUUGUGA